GUAACUGCCCUUUUUUGUCUUUGAACAUUAAUUUGAACAAAAAAAAGUGAAAAAUCAUGACUGAAGCAAAAAAGCAAUAAUAAUUUUAUAAAAAAAAAGAAAAAAAUCAUGAAUAAAUUAUUUUAUGAUUAAAUCAAUUAUUAUGUGUAAAAAAAAUCGUCGUAAAAUUUUUUUAUAUUAAAAAAAGUGAGGCAACAACGAAGAAAAACAAACAAAAUGAAAUAAACACAAAGCAAUGUCAGUCCAUUUAAAUUGUAGAACAAACUUUUAAGGAAGGUCUCAACAAGCAACAAUUUAUUUUAAAUCAUGGCACGCGACGGCGAAAUUCCAGCAAUUUUUAAUCCGCGUAAAGUUCGGGCGCCCUCAGUCGUGGUCACAGGUGAUUCCCCCAAUGGGCCCUUUGGAGGUUUUACGCCAACGGGUUUGCAUCCGCCGCCAUCGGGAGCUACGACGCCCUCGUCGCAACCACCCCAGUCGCAUCAUCCCCCACAAGUUCAGCACUCGGAUUCGGUGUCGUCGAGUCAACACGAUGGACCCGAAAGUUUGAGUGGCACUACACAAAUCCGCUGUGACACGCCGACGCCGUUAAACCAACAAAUGAUACAGCAAACACAACCGUCAAGGUCACGCUUUAAACGAUGCCGAGACUCGUGUUGCUCGGAGUUCGCACAAAAGAUGUAUUUUGGCGUUUUUGUUACAAUAUUGGUGACUGCGUCGUGGGUCGGAAGUGCGCAUAGCAUUAAAUAUUUAUACUUAUCAAAGCCACAAUCAAAUUACAUGUCACUGCCUCCCGAGGCGACGAUACUCGUGUCUGUGGAUACGGAUGACAAUGACAACACCACCAAACUAAUUCACACAUUCAGUCCAACGACUGCAUCGUUUGCACAAUUGCACACCUUCAACGCGCCCUUUUUUGCCUCAUGGUUUUUUACGAAUUUUACCAUUUUAUUUUUCCCCAUUUACAUGUUGGGUCGACUGGCUGUUAAAAAGUGCGAUGGUACCGGCGAAGUUCUUGAUGACAUAAUUCGCGGAUACAGAGAUCGUGGCUUCACAGUUGGACGUUUUCUUAACCGCUGUCUCUCCUUUUGUAUAUUGUGGGUAAUCAUGACUUAUAUAUUAAUGUUAUCGCUGAAAAGUCUUCUGGCAACUGAUGUUCUCGCAUUGUUUGCCACAAAUGUUGCUUCCGUCUAUCUGCUCUCUUGGGUCAUCUUGCACGAGCAAUUUGUUGGCGUAAGGAUUGUAGCUGUAAUACUUUGUGAUACGGGAAUCGCGCUUUUGGCGUAUAUGGAUGGCAUUACAAACAGUCCGUCGCUCAGAGGGGUCGUUUUAGCAGCAUUAAGUGCCGCUGGUUAUGCUGUGUUCAAAGUGAUGUUUCGGAAGGUGAUGGGAGAUCCGCCAAUUGGACAAAUUGCUUUCACAUUUACCGUGAUUGGUAUUUUGAAUGCGGCGGUUUUGUGGCCAAUUUGUGUGGGACUGUACUUUUCGGAUAUGGAGCAUAUGCCGUGGGAUCCCUUACCGUGGAUCGUUCUUUUGAUAGCUAGUAUUUUACUUUUAGUUUUUCAUAUUUUGAUGCAAUUCAGCAGUGCUGUUACCUACAACAUGUUUGUAACUCUCGGAUUGAUCACUUCAGUGCCCGUUUCAGCAGCUUUGGACGUCGUUCUCUACGAAGCUAACUUUUAUGGCAUGAAACUUUCCGGAAUAAUCCUUAUUGCUGUCGGCUUUUUCCUUGUGAUGUUCCCCGACAAUUGGCCCGAUUACAUAACAAGGCUUCUCAGAAAUAUCAUCUUGUUGGGACACAACGCGAGCAGGCCGGCGUUUUGUAGUAGAAGACCCGCAUCACCCAUUACUACGACAUCCACAAGACAAAAUCAAUAUUCCAAAGCCUAGAUUAAAGACAAUUAAAAUUUUCAAGUAAGUGAUGGGGCCACCACCAUCGAAGCGGAAUUCAUGGAGCAUUGGCCAUCGAUUACCGGACGGGUUACAUUCGAUCACACCUCAGAUCCCCGAGCGGCAGAGUGAGAUGACUGAACCACUUCCUCCCUACGUUAGUUUGGACAGUCAGCAGUUCAAUUUGAAUCUAACAAAGCCAAAAGCGAACUACAGCGGCCCGGAACGCGUACGACACUCAUUUUCGCACGUGGCCGAGACAAAAUUCGAAAAUAGAUUAGCAAAGUUCACGCCAAUCGGCAUGGAUGCCACAACAAUUGCGAUGCCAACUGCCGGCGAUACCCCAGAGUUUAAUAAUCGGGACUCAUUUAUGUCGUUAGAGUAAAAUUCUGUGCACUUUCCUUUUGUAACAUGAUGAUGAUGAUAAUGAUGAUGUAGUAGCGAAAAAAUCGAAAUUUAUGGACUUUUGGCGUGUUAAAUGUAACAAAAUUGAGACAAUAUUGAAAAAAUCAUCAGAAUUUGCUUCUUUGCCUUCUUUCAUGACAUUUCUCUAUUUUUGAUGAAAAAAAAAAUAAAAACAAUCAUUCAACUUGUAUAAAAAAAAAUAAUAGAAUUCUGGCUAAAAAAGCACGUUUCAAUAAAAUUAAUCAAAUAAUAAUAAAAAAAAAAUAUUUUUAAAAAUAAAAAAAUAUAAAAAAAUGAAUAAAUGAUGUUAGAAUUGUUUAGAAAGACACAAAAAUGUAAUGUUAUUUAUAUGUAUAAUGUUGAUGUUUAGCGAA